UAAUGAAGUAGAGGUUAAGUGAUUUGCCCAUAGUCUCACAGCGGGUAAUUGGUAGAGCUGAAAUUCAAAUCCGGGUCGGACUUUACAUAUCCAGUUCUUUUUAUUAUAUGGCGGUUCCUGGAUUUACCCUUGAUGUCUUCAUAUUUCUGUUGCACAUUAGUUCUGUGGCCAAUUAUCCCAAUGGAAAAGUAACAGGGUCAUGCCAUGGAAUGGUUCCUGAACAUGGUCAUAGUCCGCAGUCUAAUCCUGUUCACAGGAUUGCAGUGAGUCAGAACACAUUCAGACCAGGAGAUCAGAUCGCAGUUACUUUGUCAGGACCACCAUUUAAAGGCUUUCUUUUAGAAGCUCGUAAUGCUGAGGAUUUGAGUGGCCUUCCUAUUGGCCCCUUUACGUUGAACGACAGUCAAGUGUCACAACUUCUGACCUGUGAAGAUAUACAGGGAUCAGCUGUGAGUCACACAAGUUCAUCCAAAAAAACAGAAAUUAAGGUCUACUGGAAUGCUCCAAGUGGUGCCCCAAAUCAUGUUCAGUUUCUAGUCACAGUUGUGGAGAAGUAUAAAAUCUACUGGGUGAAGAUUCCUGGUCCUAUAAUUUCACAACCAAAUGCACUUCCUUUUACAACACCCGAAGCCUCAAUAGUACCUUUGUCAACGUUACAUCCAGUCUCCCAUUUAACCAAAUCAUUCAAUGCUUCGGACUGUGGGAACAAGAAGUUCUGUAUUAGGAGUCCUUUGAACUGUGACCCAGAGGAGAGCGCUUGUGUCUUCUUGUCCUUCACAAGAGAUGACCAGUCAGUGAUGGUUGAAAUGAGCGGUCCCAGUAAAGGCUAUUUAUCCUUUGCAUUUUCUCAUGACCGAUGGAUGGGUGAUGAUGAUGCUUAUCUGUGCAUUCGUGAAGAUCAGACCGUGCACAUACAGCCUGCCCAUUUGACAGGACGAAGUCACCCUGUAAUGGACUCCAGGGGUACUCUUGAGGAUAUGGCUUGGAGAUUGGCGGAUGGUAUUAUGCAGUGUUCUUUCAGAAGAAAUAUUACACUUCCUGGGGUUAAGAAUAGAUUUGGUCUAAACACAAGCUACUACAUAUUUCUAGCAGAUGGUGCAGCUAAUGAUGGUCGAGUUUAUAAGCACUCUCAGCAGCCUUUGAUUACAUAUGAAAAACAUAAUGUGACAGACUAUCCAAAGAACAUAGGAGGAUCCCAUUCUUUGCUCCUCCUGAAGGUUCAUGGUGCUUUCAUGUUUGUGGCAUGGAUGACUACUGUUAGCAUAGGUGUACUGAUUGCCCGGUUCCUCAAACCUGUAUGGUCAAAAACUUUCUUCCUCGGUAAAGCAGUUUGGUUUCAGGUGCACCGGAUGCUCAUGCUCACCACGUCUGCCCUCACCUGCGUUGCUUUCGUUUUGCCUUUUAUAUACAGAGGAGGCUGGAGUUGG